AUGCGAAUGUAUGGUUCAUCACCAGGACAUAGCGAAAAUGUCUUAAUAUCUGCGGAUGGUCUUACAUCAAUGAAUAACGAAGCUCGUAUUCCAGAAGGUGGAUUCGCAUUGCUGUCAACAACAUCACAGAAUGCAGCACUUGCACAUUUCAUUACAGCACUUACAUUUGAUCCAUACCAGGAACUUCUUUGGACUGGCAAUAAUACAGGACGCGUGGUGUCGUUUUAUGGUGCACAACUUGACAAGUACACAGCAUUUUUAUCGUCAACUAAUUCAAACAUUCGUGCUUUGCUUGCUUCAGAAACUGUUAUUUUCUCACUAACAUCCAAGCGUUUAAGAGCUAACCGUCGACAAGGCAUUUCGUUAUUUACACAUAUGUCCGAUCAUAUGACUGAUCUUACCUGUAUGCAUCGACUUUCGGAUGUACCACAUAAAUUACUGCUGGGUGGUAAUCAGCAACAAAUCAUACAGUUUGAUGUGGAAACACAAAAAGAAAUACGAAUUGUUUCUGUUAAACAGAAAAAUUGCUUGGCUUUGCGAUCAAAUCAAAAAUUUUUAUUUAGUUCUGACUCGGAGGGAAACGUAACACUCCGGCACCUUACAACAGUGGAUGCAAUCCAUGCCUUGCAAGCUCAUCAGGGAUCAAUAGCUGAUUUUGAUGUUUGCGGCAAUAAACUAAUCACAUGCGGUUACUCUCCAAGAAUGGGUAAAAUGGCAGGUGAUCGAUUCAUAAUGAUUUAUGAUCUAAGAACACUGCGUAGUUUGCCCCCGGUACCUUUACCAAUGGCACCAUCAUAUUGCAGAUUUCUACCAUCUUAUUCGGAUGGUCGGAUUAUGGUUUGCUCUCAAAGUGGUGAAUUGAUUGUAAUGGAUUUGAAUGAGCAAUCUAGUCAGAUGCCUAUACAGUUAGAUACAAAUGGUUUCGCCAUUACAUCUCUUGAUGUAUCAACUUCGAAACAAUGUAUCGCUUUUGGUGAUCAAACAGGUUUGAUACACCUCUUUUCGGAUCGAAUGGAACCGAUUUUUAAUGAAAAUUCAUGGGGCACAGAUUUUCCAGAUCCAAUUGCUUUUCAUCCACCAGUUAACAUCGACGAUCCCGAGCCAUCAUAUGGAGUGUUUCCUCUUCCGUUUCCAGUGGAUGAUCACUAUGCCUCAGAUUGGCCUGAGCAGUUAUGUAUUAGACGGUUUAGACAGCCAGAUCCGAUAUCAGAAAAGGUGAUUGAUUCAAUGCGCAUGGUGCAGUUUGUUGGUUAUGCUCAUAAUCCUCGCGCUGGUACAUCACUGCGAGGCUUCAACGUUUGUCCAUAUACAAGUUCUACCCAUGAUAAAUGUUCAAAUGCAAUGAAAAAUGAUGAUAUACUUCACAUUCCGAAGUUUUAUUUGCGUACCGAAGGAAAGUUAACCUCUAAGGCUGAAGAAAUUGAUUUUAAGCGAUAUAAUCGCACAGAAUUCAACGCUUUAGAAAAUAGUGUCGAAACAAGUCCCGCAUGCAUGCUUCUGCUUGCAAUGUAUCAUCUGAUGAACGUAAGAACAGUCUUUCUUUCGCAUUUCUGCUACCUGGAAAGCUGCAUUUCAUGUGAAAUGAAUCUUCUCUUCCGGUUACUUACAGAUCGACCAGUGUCGAGUGUGGUAUCGGCGAAAAACUUUAUGAAGACUUUUCGAUCCAUUGAUGACGGUAAAAAAUGGGCAGAUGCAGUUGCUAAUGCAAGUUUAGCGCAAACAGUUCGCUUAUUUAUGCAAGUCUUCAGCAAAAUAUUGGAUAAGGAACUUUCUGAAACUACUGCUGGAGUAGCGCUUCGCAAGGAAAUGGAGAUUUCGUUUACUUUAAAUAAUCAUUGCAUUCGGUGUUCCGAGCAUUAUCAGUCAGCCCUCGCACAACUUUAUAUAUCAUUAGCAUACCCGACAAGUAAUGAAAAAAUUGGAUUUUGUACGUUGCUGGAAAAAACCCUAAACUGUCCCGAACAAAAUGAAGCUAUCUGCCAGAAAUGCGGGAAGUUAGCACGGUUCGCAUCAACACGUCGUGUGCGUUUACUGCCGAACAUUCUCGCUUUGGAUAUGACAGCCAGUACAGAAACAGAACAAGCAUUUUGGAUUUCUCACAUUCAAGCAUUUGAAAGUCGAUCGGUGACGGCGCCAAAUUCAGUAACAGAACACAAAGUAAAAUUAUGUAGAUAUGGUACUGAAUGCAGAAAUCCAAACUGUCGGUAUCUUCAUAAUGAUGACAGUAAAUGUGAAACGAAUGUACUAACGACUGAAGGCACUACCACAUAUUACGAAUGUCCUCAUUAUAUACCGAAUUCAGUACAUAUCAAAAUAACGGAUGGUAUUUGCACGGUUUCGGAAAAUAAGAUGGAAAAUAGUACAUCCUUUCAUCUGGUAGCAGCCAUAUUUAUCAUCAAUGAAGAUGAAGAAACGCAAACUGAGGAACAUUUGGUCACUGCGAUCAGAUCAAAGCAGGAUUCUUGCUGGAUAUUGUUUAACAGUUGGUCUGUUACACGAAUCUCAGAAAAUGAAGCAUUGCGUCUACAUGCUUGCUGGAAAUUACCGGCUAUCUUAUAUUAUGUGCAAGACAGAGAAAAUGGUGGUAAAGAAGCUGCCAAAAAUGAAAGUCGUGCUAUAAUCCCACGGUCUGUAUUCUGGAAUGAUCUGGAUUCAAACAAAAUUAAAAUACCAGAAAGAGGAAGUAAAGUUGCGAUCUAUGCGAAAUAUGCAAUCAGCGAGGCUGGCGAAAAGAGAGUAUCUGAAGUUUCUGCAGUUGACGAAGAUGGCAGUUGUUUUAUUAGUAGUGUUAUCAAGGAACCAGGAAUAAAGAGUGAUAUGGAUAACUCGCAGACGCUGAAGAGAGUGUCUUUGAAACUUCUAUACCUGAUUCAAGAAAAAAUAACAAUCAUUGGAUACAAAAUUGAGCACUUAUUUGAAAUGCUAAAUAUCCACGUAUCGGAAGAACAGGUAAAAGACAUUGUGUUGCUUUACCGUCCAUUGUUCAAGCGCGAGUCAGUUGAUGAGGAAGAAACCGAUCCAAUCGAUCUUGCUCGCUUGUCUCUUCGAUUGUACACAAAAUUCAAUGAAUUAAAGGAAGCCGAUGAGGCAGAUAUCAAUAUUGCCGUAUUAACCCAUGCAUUGGAGACAAAUAUUUCUUAA